UGCGCGACCAAGCGCCCACCAACACUACCACCAGGGAGCGGGGCGCGAGGACGCAGGCAUGCCGAGGAGGAGCGACUCUUUGCCGGCCUGCCGCCGCCUCGUCUCCCGCUGGUUACCGAGGAGGUCUCCCAGAGGUUUUCCACAGGUCCUCGCCGGUUCUUGGCACUGAAGCAACGGAGAAGAAGAUGCCGGGCUGGCACGUAAUGACGUGAUGGUUCUGGUUCGUGUGCAGCGAGGUUGCCAGAAGAAACGGGUUGCAGAGAUUUUGCGUGAAAAGGGUUUGAUGGAGAUCUGGUCGAAUGUCAGCGGGAACGAUCGUGAUAGCAGGAGGAAUUCUUGCCGGAGUCAUUCUCGUGUGCAUUGUCGCCAUCCUAUGUUAUUGUCGACUGCAGUACUACUGCUGUAAGAAGAAUGACUCCGAGACGGACGCGGGCUCGGCCCCAGCCCCGGCGGCACCAUCCACCCCGCUCUCCCACUUCCCGUGCGAGACGUGCGACGCGCUGGCCAACGACGGGGCCGCCAUUACUCCCGUUUCUUUGGAGCAGCUGGACGCCGGCGUCCCGUGCCUCGCCUGCUCGCCGUACACCCGCCGCGCCGCCCCCCAAGUGCUUAACGGGGGCGAGCGUCUGGGCUUCCACACGUACUACGAGACUCCGCUGCCGUUGGGUUACGCCUGUCCGACCCCCCCGCCCAGGCCCUACAGCACCCAGGUGUGACCUUUGAACUGCGCAAUACCGGCCCACCUGAACUUUUGUGGCUUUGGAGCAACAUAGCACCAAAAUGUUUCUAGCAUCUGAAAUGAUUAACUUUAUUUCUUUUAUUUUUUUUCAUUCUUAUUCCCGCUUUUGAAUUGCGACUUCUUUUAGUGUUAAAAGUAUUCAAAACUUUAGCACUUCCAAGAAAGUAAAAUAAUAUAUUUUUAGCACUUGCAAGAAAAUGAAAGAUUUCAAAAUACUAUUUUUUAGCAUCCAAUCAAAAUUGAUUUAUUUCUUAACUUUUCUUUCCAUUUUGUGAGACAUAUUUUAGCUUUUGUGAGGGCUUUAACAUACUCAAAACUUUUGACAUAUUUAGAUAGAUUCUAGAUUCAUACAGCACAUAUAGAAAGAUCUAAAAAUAUAACAAAAGGAGAACAUAUAGUAUGAUACAUUCAUAAUUACUCAUAUUUUAAGAAAUAAUUUUAGGAUUUAUUUAAUAUACAACUUCUAAAUAUUUGAAGGGUUAUCCUACUAGUUUUCCCUCUUUUUUAAAAUUAAAUAAAGUAAUUGUCUGUGAUUGUGUGCAUGGGGGGCUUGUUCAAAUUAAUCACAUAAUUUUUUUUUUUUUAAAUACAAUACGCCACAGAAACUCUCUUGUAGUUUAGAAGCUAUCACUUAUUACUUUUAACUGACUUUU